GUGCCGUCUCCAUAGUGACGGCUGGAAGAGCUGCUGAGCAAGGAGCAGAGAUGGAGGAGAGCCCGGUGCUGCUGUAUGGAGAGGCUGAGGGCAUGGUGCAGAGCCUGCAGAGCUUUCCCCUGAGGGACACCGGAUCUGGGGGGUGGUUUAAGCAGCAUGAAUACAUUGAAAAGCUGAACAUGCAGGCCAUCUUGAAUGCCUCCACUGGACAGGAAGAGAUCAUCAAAGAUCUUCUGGUCACCCAUGGCAAGAUCCCCACAUUGAUCCGCCAACUGAUCGGCACAGAGAUCUGGAAACUCAAAGUCUUCCCCGUGUUAUGCCGCCUGCAGGAUUUCCAGCCCAGCAGCACCUUCCCCCUCUAUAUGGUGAUACAUCAUGAGGCCACCAUCAUUAACCUGCUGGAAACAAUCUUCUAUCACAAGGAAGUGUGCGAAUCUGCAGAGGAUCUGGCCCUGGAUCUGAUCGAUUACUGCCACCGCAAACUCACUAUGCUGGCAUCAAAGGGUUCCUCGGGGGAGUUACCGAGCCAGGACAGGAUGAUAGCGGAUGUGGCCAGUGACGUCUCUUCACUAGAGGAACUGAAGCAACAAUCUGAGGCUCUGGAGUUUGACAUCGCCCUGAAGUGUCUGUCUGUCCUGCGUUACGUCACCGACCACACAGACAGUCUGACGAUUAGUGUGACCACCCGGCUACUGAACACCCACAACCUGCCCUGCGUCUUGGUGGAGCUUCUGCAGCAUUGUCCAUGGAGUCGGCGAAAUAAAGCAGGUCAGCUGCAGAAGUACGAGAACGGCCGCUGGUUGUCUGUGCCGGCAGAGGACCAGCAGAAGAUGACCAAACUGGACGGUCAGGUGUGGAUCGCGCUCUACAAUCUUCUCUUGAGGUCGGAGUGCCAGCAAAAGUACAACAUCAAUAACUUCACCAAAGGACAACUGCUGAAGCUUCGUUCUUUUCUUACUGAAGUCCUUGUUGACCAACUUCCAAACUUAUUGGAGCUGCAGAGAUUCCUGAGCCACCUGUCUGUGAGUGAGCCGGCUCCGCCCAAGAAGGAGCUGAUCCUGGAGCAGGUGCCCGAGGUUUGGGAUUCCAUCAUGAGAGAGAAUUCUGGGAAAUGGAAAGCCAUAGCAAAGCACCAGGUGAAGAAUGCGUUCUCACCCAGCGAGGAGGACCUGCGCUAUCAGGCACAGAGGUGGGCGCAGACCUACAACAUGGAUGUGAUGGAGACGCUGGCGCCGGACAAACCCAAGUGUGGGGGGUGCGGGGCGGAGGCCAGCAAGCGCUGCUCCCGGUGCCAGAGCGAGUGGUACUGUGACAGGCAGUGCCAGGUGAAGGAUUGGCAGAAGCACAAGAAGGCCUGUGAUCUGGUCAGCGAGGCUGCGAAGAAGAUGAAGGAAGGAAUGGAACCCCCGGGCCGGGUGUGACCCGCAGGAAGGGACAUGAGGGGCUUUUAUGACAUCACAGUCAGCCAGUGUUGGAAUGACCAGCGUGCAGUACUUCUAGGAACCUGCAGGUGGUGAACAAGAGAUACGAGUGUAACUGCAGCCUUAGAUUCUCCAGCUGCCAAAUAACUACAAGUCCCAGCGAGACUGGCGGACAAUCUGGCACUUAUAGACUGGCAACAGCUGGAGAGCCUCAAUUUCUGUACUCCGGCCUUCUACCGCCAUGACUGGAGAUCGCUGCCAGCGACAUAAUCUGCAGAGAUCUUCAUUUAUUUAUUUCCAAAUUCCUCCAUCACAUCACAUGUUCUUUCUGCCCAACCCCCGCAAUGAUAAUAUAGAUUGCCAAGAGUAACAAUGUUUCUAUGACUUUACAUUUGUUUUUAGCUGUUUUUUUUCCAUUGUUGGUAAUGAUGUCAUUGCUGGGUGUGGUUUCACCUUUGGGUGGAGUAUUUAUUGCUGGAGUUGUACCCUUGUUGUUAACCUUAAAGUGUUACUAAA